UCUCUCGCGUUAGUUGGACCAGUUUCAAUGUCAUUGACUAGACGAAGUGAGACUGGACCCAUCGUUUUUCACGAGUCCCAGCGCUCAGGGCGUCUGUUGAUCAUUUUAUUGGAUCUGACUUGCAGAUUCUAAUUGAUCGCUCGGAAGUAUGCAGAGAGGAUGCAUCUUCAACACGUAAGUCAUAUGACGCGUGACAUGGUUUCGCGAUUGGCAAAGCGUAAUGCAGGCUGCCAAGAAAGUCGGGGACCUCUUGAGGGACUCCCGGCACUCUCGUCCGCAGAGGUUCCACUCUGGAAAUCUGGCGCUCUUGUGGCGAAGCAAUACGCACAAGGCAUCGAGCCGAAAUUGGGAUUUGCAGCAGAUAGAGGGGAUAGCAAGGGCACCAAAGUGGCCGCGCUGACCCGAGGCGCAUCGAUCCGAAGGCAGGGGUCGUCGGGCAUGACAUGAACGGAGAUCUGGACAUUCAUGGACGCUGAAUUGUUCUCCAGGAAAUCCAAGGUCGGCGACAAGAAGAGGUAAAUGACGAGCUCGUCCGCCCGGGACAAGACCCGUGUUGCGCCGGGCCCGAGAUCACGUUUGGAUUUCCUGCGGAGCUUUAGAGAAGUAUCAGUACGAGAAGCGCAACCCUUAUAAGACAGUACGCGCGCACCACAAAUGGAGGAUCAAGUGGAUGAAAAAGAGCUUCAGAAAAGCGUUCAGAUGAGGAGUGUUGUCCAUCCCGUCGCCAUAAGAAAGGAGACACAGUGUGGCGGCAACGAGAGUGCAGCGUUCGGUUCGAGCGUCCAGUUGCCAACAGGAUUGUUCUCAGACACCAUAAUUUACCUGUCACAAGCUGCGCUCGGGUUUGCAAAACAUGGUUUUGCUCAUGAUUGCAAAACACUGUCAAUCCUGCACCUUCAUUCAUGCUUAAACCUGGAAUAUUUAAGAAUAGCAUCUGUCUCGACGUGAACCGAUUCCCAACACUAAUCACAGGUUUCUUGUCUUUGCAAGAAAUUCUGGUUGAUUUGAUGGUCUCUGCCCUCUGCAGUGGCUGAAUUGGGAAGUAACCAAAGAUCAUGAGCAGAUCAAGAACCUGAUCUUUCGGGAUGUAAGUUGAACCGAUGGUCCCUGGCCUCUGCAGUAGCUGAGGUUGCAAGCAGUCGAAAGAUUAUGCGAGACUCAAGAGCCCCCUCACUCGUGAAUUUGAUGUACACCUUGAUGUAACUUAGUUCGUAACUACGAUCAACAGUAGGUCGAUUGUCAAAGUCGAGGAAGCUCGAGGUACUAUCGUUGUUGUUCUUGAUCUCAACAUUCUUGAUUGGAAUUCACGAAAUAAUUGCCACCCAGAUUCAAGUGUUUUUUGAACGUGAAAAUAACGUCAUUGAAAUGAUGUGAAGAAAGUUCAAGAGGGUUUCAAGGGAAAGUUUCGGUUGGUGGAAUCGAUGUUUGUUUUGUGUUUUCUGCUACGAGAAAUCUCCUUCUUUGCGUUGACUCGGUAGACGUUCGAAACCGACCAUGCACUAUAGUGUCGACCGCGGACACCUUGCUACUUAGCUGGUGUAUUUUGACAUGACCGUCGUUCAUCCAGCGGAUGUGGUCAUAAGAGGAAAGCUUUGUGCUUGAUCGAAGUCCACACUUUCGUUAUAUAAAUCAGCAGCUGAGGUUCUUAUGGCAGUCACGCAAUGGGUUCUGAUUAGAGCUCAUAAUAUUGGUCGAAGGUCCGUCUACUUUUCCCCCAAUACGCUUGACUUCACCUAAAAUCAGCUCUACGUGCAUCGUUGUGCACGAGCAUUGAUAUCCAUCAGGACCUGAAGUUGGUGGUAGCAGCCUCUCACAAGAGCUGCCGAUAUUUAACGUAGUAAGUGACAGACUUCUCUCGUACAGCUAUGACACUGUUUACUGCGAGUCGGAUGAGCAGCCUGGGGAAAUGUGCACUAGCAAUAGCAGUUGCUUGCACAUUCCUAGUUCACCGAGGUGCCGACGCAGCUACUAUCGAUUAUAAGGAUGCUUUGAAAAAGAGCAUUCUUUAUUUCGAAGGCCAACGCUCAGGACCGCUUCCCUCGACUCAGCGUGUGACAUGGAGAGGAGACUCUGGUCUUAAUGAUGGGUCCGACGUCGGGGUGGACUUAGUCGGCGGCUACUAUGAUGCCGGUGACAACGUAAAGUUCGGAGUUCCGAUGGCGUUCACAGCAACUCUGCUUUCCUGGGGAAUGAUAGAAUAUGGCGAGCAGCUGUCCGCAGCAGGGCACCUUGAUGACGCAAGGGAAGCUUUGAAGUGGAUAACUGAUUAUCUACUCAAGGCAAUCACAGGGCCUACUCAACUUUGGGUUCAGGUGGGUAACGCAGACCGAGAUCAUGCAUGCUGGGAACGUCCAGAAGAUAUGGACACUUCCCGCCAGUCCUACCAGGUUAACGCUUCAUAUCCAGGAUCAGAACCAGCUGCAGAAACUGCUGCCGCACUUGCAGCUGCUUCCAUGGUUUUUAGAACCGUUGACGCAUCUUACUCGGACACGCUAUUGCAAAAGUCGGUCCAGGUGUUCACUUUUGCAGACACCUACAAAGGAUCCUUUGGUGAUGCCUGCCCAUAUUAUUGUUCCUGGUCUGGCUAUACGGAUGAGCUCCUUUGGGGUGCCGCCUGGCUAUACACAGCUACAGGCAAAGAAAAGUACUUGAACUACGUAAACGAGAAUGCUGGUUGGAGCUACACAAUGAACGAGUUUUUAUGGGACAACAAACUGGGAGGUUUGCAGGUUCUCCUUUCCAAGUUUUACUUUCGAGGUACUGCCUCCCUGUCAAGCUACAAGACGCAAGCAGAAACAUACUUAUGUGAGAAUCUUCCGACAAGCUCACAGAAAACUGUUACAAUUACUCCAGGAGGCCUUCUCUUCAUUCAAGAUGAUAAUAAUAUGCAGUAUGUGAUGGCCACAUCGUUCCUAUUUAUGAUCUUUUCGGACUAUCUGGCCAGUUCUGGGCAGACUAUUAGUUGUGGUGAUACCAAGUUCAGUUCAGCAGAUCUCUACAAUUUCGCCAAGUCUCAGGUUGAUUACGUAUUAGGUGAUAAUCCACUUGCCAUGUCGUUCAUGGUCGGGUUUGGAGAAAACUAUCCCAAACACGUUCAUCAUCGUGGUUCAUCGAUCGUAUCCAUUCACGAGGAUUCCAAAGUCGUGGGCUGCAAUGAUGGGUAUAGUAUUUGGUAUGGUGCAUCCUCACCGAAUCCAAAUACUCAUGUAGGGGCUCUUGUAGGUGGUCCUAAUAACCAGGAUUCUUUCACAGACAUGAGGAACGAUUGGGAUCAUCUAGAGCCUAUGACGUACAUCAAUGCUCCGAUUGUGUCCAUCCUGGCAAAAAUUAUAGCUACAAGCAGCUGACAACAGAAAAUGUGAAUUUUCCCUCAGCGUAUUAGCCGUAUCAGAGACAGAUAAGCGUUUGUAUUGGUGUUACUGUACAAUUCAGUCACCAAAACAGCAAACUUCUUGGAAGGAAGCGACACUCCUCAUGCACAAGAACGUGUAGAAUGAAAUAAGAAACUUGCCAUCGAAUGACUACUUUGGCUGGCACUUAGCUUCGCCCAGGGACCUGGACAGUUUACUAGCGAACAAAACACUCAGUUUGUACCUAAUCUUUGAAGCAGUAAAGACGAAAUUUAGACGUGCU